AAAGGUCAAAGCACUGGAAGUACAUGAGUGAAGGAGGCUGGACUACGGAAGCCUGCGAGGUAUCAAACGAGGAAGCGAUCACCAGCUGCACGCAUGUGAAACAUGGCCGGACUUAUAAACUUUGAAGAUGAGAAAGAGGUGAAGCAGUUUUUGGAUAAUCUGGGAGUGGAGUACAGCUUCCAGUGCUACAGUGAGAAAGAUCCUGAAGGGUGCCAAAGACUAGCAGACUACUUGGAAGGGGUGAAGAAAAACUAUGAAUCUACAGCAAAGGUGCUCAAACAUAACUGUGAAACAAACGGACAUGGAGAGAGCUGCUAUAAACUGGGGGCUUACCAUGUCACAGGCAAAGGUGGAGUGACGUCGUGCUUGAAAACAGCGUACUCCUGCUUUCUGCGCUCCUGCAAUGCCGGAGGAAAGAAGUCUAUAGAUGCCUGCCACAACGUUGGUCUGUUAGCCCAUGAUGGACGAGCUAUGGAGGGAGAACCUGACCUUACAGCAGCUCGGCAGUACUACGAGAAGGCCUGCGACGGUGGCUUUGCUCCUUCCUGCUUUAACCUCAGUGCUCUUUACAUUGAGGGCAAUUCUAAAGGGCUGGCACCCAAUAUGACUCAAGCUUUGAAGUACGCCGACAAGGCUUGUGAGCUGGGACACGUGUGGGGCUGUGCCAAUGCAAGUCGUAUGUACAAACUUGGUGACGGUACGGCGAAGGAUGAGAAGAAAGCAGAGGAGCUGAAGAAUCGAGCAAAGGAGCUGCAUGGUUUAGAGAAGGAGAGGCAGCUCAAGUUCGGGGAGUGAAUGUGACACACUUAGAUUAAAUCAUUGGGGAUUUUUUUUUGCCUACACAUGUAGUGUUCAGUCAGGUUUGAUGGGAACAAGUAUAUAUGUGCACUGUUCAAGGUGUUCAGAGGUAGGAGAAAGACUGAUUAAAUGGAUGUGUUUACCUCAUUUACAGUCUGUAGACAGUAAAAUUCAGGAAGCAAAAUUUAACUUGAUUAUUGUACAGGCAGAUUUCAGCCAAAUGUAUACAAGAUAAUGUAAAUGUGAAAGCAAUAAAGUAGUUGUGAUUUGUUGUAAGUCAGUGUGUGUGGUUUAGAAAUGAUGAGACAUGCAUAGAAGAUGGCAGAUGCCACCACAGUGUUUUUUAAAGAAAUCCUGCGCACUCCAAAGGACCUAAAGGGUUAAAACAUAGAUUAAACUCAGUGCACCGUCAUCGGAUUGUCAUGCAUUCACAUAAUAUAUUAUGUAUGAAUAUCUGCCAGAAAACUGAAUUUAAUUUGAGUUAAUAUGAACAAAACCUUGCAGCCUUAAUUUAACCAUAUAAUUGUUACAUUAGGACAUUGUUGAGUAGUUUUACAAUCACUGUAGGGCAGGGAUGUCCAAAGUGCG